AUGCUCCUCUCGGAGCUCCCGAAUCCGCCCCGCCCAUGGCGCCCUCGCGUUCGAGAACCCCAUUCCGCUCGCCCUCGCCACCUCCCACUCCCCGCCCCCCACGCUACGCUCUUACCGAGAAGGCGCCACCUCCUCCUGUCCCCCUCCGCGACUCCGUCCGACGACCCCGCGCUCCCUCCGGCGAGGCGCUCGUCGCGCCCGAAGAAGGCGUCGGGUGAGGGCGAGGGGUGGAAGAAGAAGGCGGUGCCGCCCAGCACGCUCGAGCUCUCCAGCCCCGUUCCCGAGGAGCCGCUGUCGCCGCCCCGGUGGAUGGCCAGGCGGCAGGCGCGCGCCGCGUGGCGGAAGGCGACGUCAUUUGUGCCCAGGAGGGCCAGGAGCGUCAUCCUGCUCAACCUGCUCGUCCUCAUAUUUGCAAGCAACAUUUCUAUUGUCAAAGAAGCGCAGACUAUGUUGGAUCCUGACCUUUUCAAUAUCAUACGCUUCACUAUUGCGGCCAUUCCUUUUGUGCCAUUCUUGUUGAAGUCACUCAGAGACAUGCAAGUUGUUAUUAGGGGCAUAGAGCUGGGGGUUUGGGUAACCUUGGCCUACCUCACUCAGUCUAUUGGGUUAGUUACAGCUGAUGCUGGCCGUGCAUCUUUCAUAUCCGCCCUCACAGUGAUCAUUGUUCCUUUCUUGGAUGGUAUUCUUGGAGCAGAAAUACCUGCAUAUACAUGGCUUGGAGCAUUUUUAUCAGUUCUCGGGGUUGGUAUUCUGGAGUUAAGUGGUUCUCCACCAUGUGUUGGUGAUCUUCUGACCCUCCUUAGUGCCUUCUGUUUUGGAAUUCACAUGCUCAGAACCGAGCAUAUUUCCAGGAAAAUGAAGAAAGAAAAUUUCCUACCGCUUGUUGGAUGUCAGGUGGUUGUCGUAGCUGUUGUGUCGGCAGUCUCGUUCAUUGUUAAAUGCUUCCUCCAGAAUGUGGUACCCUGGAAUUUAAAAUCACGGACACCAACAGAGUUAUUCAGUAUGAUGUCAUCGUUUCCUUGGCUAGCAAUACUAUACACAGGCAUAAUCGCAACAACCUUUUGUUUAUGGGCAGAGAUUGUUGCUAUGCGUGAUGUAUCAGCUACAGAAACUGCAAUAAUUUAUGGUCUGGAACCAGUAUGGGGUGCUACUUUUGCAUGGGUAAUUCAUGGCGAGAGAUGGGGCAUUACUGGACUUAUUGGAGCUAUCUUCAUCAUAGCCGGUAGCUUGAUGGUUCAGGUAUUGGGAUCAUUUCUUGAUAUUGAUGUAUCAGAGGACAGUUACCAGAUGAACAGCUGA